AUGGCUUCCCAAACCACCAUCUCUUUCCCAAACCCACACUCAUCAUGGUCCGCCCCUACCAACCCUGAAGUUCCCUCCAUGCAGAUCCACGGCUCCGAAGCCUCAACACCAGGCCCCCCCGGCCACGAGGACCACGUCGCCGGCUUCCUCCGCGACAUCAACGACGGCGUAAACAAGGAGCCCGGAACGGGCCCAUGGUUUGGUACACGCUUCUCCAAGACUAGUUUUGCCAUCUUCGAGGCUUUUCCGGAUCAGGCCAGACGACAUGAUCAUGAUGUCGGGCCGGGUGGCACAAACUUCCUCAGGCUUGAGGACUUGAAGGCGUGGCUGGCAUGGCCGGCGCAGAUGUAUCGGUUGGACGUGCUGCAUGGGAAGUUUGGAGUGCUUUUCGGCGAGGAGGUCAACAGCAGUGCCAUCAGUGAAUAG